UAAUUUUAUGACAGUUUGAAUUAAUUACAGUUGGCCCCGAUCAGUUCUUAAAAUUACGGUAACCACCUUCACAUGACAUCUCCCUGACUAUCAAAUUUCUCCACCAAAAACCCACAAAAAAUGGCCGGCAAUAAUCUGUUCCAUUCUCGUCUGCGGUGUUUCUCACUGGCCUAGCUUUAACCCGGGAGUUAAAUUUAUGAUUCGGAUGAACCGUUGGAUCUGAGAAACGAACCGGAGCCUUUGGAAUUUCUAGGGAUGAUGCAGAGCCCCAAAUCAGGUUCGGUGUGUCGGCCCUCGCGUACCUGAUCGGCUCCCUCUCGCCUCAGUUAGACGACUUGCCGGCGGCGAACUUCUUCUCGUCCUACGUCUUCCUGGCCAUAAUCAGUACUGCCCUUGAUGUCAUGUAUAGUGGAUUUGGACAGGGGAGAAGGAGCGGCAGACAGCUCUGCUAAAGGAAAUGUCAGUUCGUCUGAAGCGGGUGAAAUUUUAGAACCAUAUAUGGGGAUGGAAUUUGAAUCUGAAGAUGCUGCCAGGAAAUUUUAUGCUGACUAUGCUAGAAGGGUAGGAUUUUCUGUGCGUAUUAUGGGACGUCGUCGCUCAGGAAUUGAUGGGAGAACACUUGCACGUAGGCUUGGAUGUAACAAGCAGGGCUUUUCUCGGAAUCACGGCUCUAUUGGACCAGAUAAGAAACCACGACCUAGUGCACGAGAGGGUUGCAAUGCAACAUUCCUGGUGAAGUUUGAGGAGCCAGGAAAGUGGGUUGUGACAAGAUUUACAAAGGAGCACAACCAUCCUUUGGUUGUAACUGGGCUGGGGUUAAGAACUACGGGUGACAAGGAUAAGAAAAUUGAAGAACUUACUCUGGAGUUGCAACAUCAGGACCGACUAUGUGCAGAAUAUAGAGAAAAAUUACUAAGAUUUCUGGCAAGCGUCGAGGAGCAAGCUGAACAAUUGUCUUCAAAAAUUCAAGUUAUUGUCGACAAUGUGAAGAAUGGUGAAGCUGAAGUGCAAAAACUCUCCCAUCAUAGAUAGACAUCUAUUUUUGGUCUUGUAUUCCCCCCCCCCCCUGAAUUUAGUAGAUAGUCUUUUGAAUUUACUUGCUUGUAUUUCAGCAUUUCAUGAGUUCUUCUGUUAUGUACAUAAGUUACUUGAAUUGCUUCUUCUCAGUAUGGUUAAUAAUAGCGAAACAUGUAUAAUAAUGUAGAUGUUAUUGGGUUAGAAUUAAAAUCCCACCUCUUUCUCCCUUCA